AUGUCUCCCUCAACCAUUGCCGCCCCAGCUCCUAAACUUAAUGGAGAGCCUUUGCGAUCCAAGGAUUACUUCGAGGAACGUUCAGCCCAAGAAAUGCAGAAGCACUUGGUGAUCCCUGACCGUUCCAUCACUGAGACACUAGCCUGCGCGUGCAGAUUAAUUGCCUUUAAGCAGGAAGAUGCAGGCCUUGCAGGCCAGAUUUCUGCUCGUUCUUCCCGCGGAGAUGGGUAUUACUGGACACUGCGUUAUGGCCUCGGCUGGGAUGAAGCCACACCUGACGACUUUAUCGAGGUCGAUGGCGACUUGAAUACGGUCACAGGGACCGGGAUGCCUAAUCCGGCUACUCGCUUUCAUCUCUGGGUCUACGCGGGCCGGCCCGAUGUGAACAGUAUUGUUCACGUUCACUCCGAGUGGGUUCAAUCUCUUGUCGCAGCUCGGCAACCGCUGGUUGUAGCACAGAUGGAUAUGACCCCAUUUUAUGAUGACUGUGCCUGGCUGGGUGACUGGCCUGGUCUGCCCAUUGCCGACCAGGAAGGUGUUGUUAUCACCAAAGCUAUUGGGCAAAAUCGUUCGAUCCUGCUGGCUCACCAUGGGCUGCUGACAGCUGGCAAGUCAGUGCAGGAAGCGGCAUAUCUCUGUGUCAAGCUCGAACGGGCUGCUCGCAUUCAAGUGAGAGCCCGUGUGUUUGGGCCGCUGAAGGAAGUGGAUGGUGAUUUGGCCCGAGAGGCGCGCGACUAUCUCCUGCGAGACAAGGUAGUCAAUGCCACCUUCGAAUAUUGGUUUCGUCAGACUCAGCCCAUCAAGCCCCUAUUUCUCUAG